AUGCCUAGAGUCGCACAAAACCCACGCGCGAGUAAGGGCAGUAAUACUUCUGGCUCUUUACAAACUCCCGCAAAGUCUCCCGUGAAAGUACCUUUGAAUGAUACAUCGCCAGUAAAAUUGGCUCUCAAUGAUGAUGCGCAGGAAAAGGCGAGACGAUCAAAAUCAAGAAAUGUCCUUCACGAAACGCAGAUGAACGAAAUAAAAAAAGCCGCGACUCCGCGGAAAUUGGGAAAUUUCAAUCGAGCAGGAAGCUCUUCGCCGUCGUCAAGCAAUAGAACUCCGAGACGAGCGGGAAAAGAAAGUGAGCUCGAUGGCGGGGUCAUGAUGGUGGGAGGAAACGCAGUAACCCCUAUGAAACGUGUUCCGAUUCUCGCAAAUUUCGAAGAAUGGAUGAAGAUGGCCACGGACAACAAGAUCAACGCUGCGAAUUCCUGGAAUUUUGCGCUUAUUGAUUAUUUCCACGACAUGUCACUUUUGAAAGAAGGUGAUGGAGUCAAUUUUCAGAAGGCCAGUUGCACUCUUGAUGGGUGUGUCAAGAUUUAUACUAGUCGAGUCGACAGUGUGGCUACUGAGACGGGCAAACUUCUAAGUGGGUUGGCAGACAGCGGGAACAACAAGAAGAAGAGGGGCGAGAAUGAGGAGGGCGACGGUGAUGAGAGCGAGGAGGAGGUUGAAGACGAAAAUGGGGUUGUUAGGAAAAAGACAAAGAAGAGGACUCAACGUUCAUCAGAAGCAACUCUCGCGACUUCGUUCUCGGCAUUACAAUUGAAAAAGUUCGAACUUGAGUUCUCUGUCGAUCCUUUAUUCAAAAAAGCAUCGGCGGAUUUCGAUGAGGGUGGAGCUAAAGGUCUACUCCUAAAUCACCUGUCAAUCGAUUCUAAGGGACGUAUAGUUUUUGACAGUAGCGAUGAUGCAGGUGACGCAUCAGGAGAAGGACGGGGCAGAAGACGAAAAGACGAUGCAAUUGAAGAGGAUCCAGAAGAGAUACUAGAAUCGGCAAAUGUUACAAUGAAGGACAAGGAAAAUGAAGAUGAGGAAGAGGAUGAUGGAGAUGACGUGGAAAUAGAUGUGGAGGCCUUAGGUGUCAGAUUUUUCCCAAACUUAGACUUCCUUGAGGAACAGGACAUUUGUCCAUCAUUGAAGAACUUCGACCUUGGAGAUCCUUCUGGUUCUAUGGACAUUCCUUUUUUAAAGGCACCAGAAGACUGGCGACAAGAAAAAGACAAGCCAGAAGACAAUGGGGUAGGUGACAGGUCAGGUAUUUUCCUGGAUGAUGACAAUCCAAUUGGAUUUGAUGACGACGAUGAUGGGCUCCUCGGAAAUUUCGACAUUCCAGAUGAUGCUGGAUUUGGAGAAGGUGGUGAAGCUUGGGCUCGUGAUGCUGCAAUCGAACCACGAAUGCGAGUUCACAAUGUAGGCUAUGACAAUGAUGGUGGCGACGGCGAAGAUGGAGACGGAGGUGCCGGUUCUUUUGACCCUGAAACCGGCGAGUACGUAAUUUCUCUUGAUCGCGGAUCAAAGACAGAAGGUGGUCAUGACGAUAUAUUAAGUUAUUUCGACGAGGCGUUGCAAAAGAAUUGGGCCGGUCCUGAACAUUGGAGGAUACGAAAGAUCAAAGAUGUCGACAAACCAGCAGUUACGAAAACUCGCAAGGAGAAAGAGCCAUUCGAGAUUGACUUUAUGUCUCCCUUAAGUGCCACUCUAGCAGAAACCAUCUAUACACACGCAGCAACCAAUGCUACUAUAUCUCUACCGAAGAAAGAUUGGAAGUCUAAGACAAGGAAUCUUCUUCCUGAUGAUAAGCAUUUCAACUCUAAACAAUUAUUGCGCCUUUUCUUGAAACCGAAGGCUAGAAUGGGUAGUCGAAAAUCUGGAUUCGGCGCCAAACCGGGAGCUUUUGGUCAAAACAAGGAAAAUGAUAUUCCCGAGGGCGAAAUUGGUGAUGAUUAUUGGGCACGAAAAGAAGAACCCGCUCAAACAUUGGAGGAUGAAGCUCCACCUCAUGGAGAUUACGACGCCAAUUUCUUCCAAGAUGAUGGUCUGGCCAUGCCAGGUGGUAUGGAUGAUGACGAUGACAUGGAAUUCGCUGACGCACGUGAACAAUUCUCACCUGGAGCUGAACGACAAGGUGCAGGCGGUAUUGAUGGCAUCACUGCUAUACUGAAUGCCGGGGCUCAAGGUGUAGAUGGCGAAGAGGGCGCUUUUGGUACACAGUUGGUUACACAAAGUCGGAGAUUGAGACCUGAAUAUGUACAAUAUGCUAGGGUUGCUAAGAAGGUUGAUGUGAGAAGAUUGAAAGAGGAAUUAUGGAAGGGUAUUGGUUUUAGUGAGCCUGAACAACCUGAUACCUCACUCUCCGCAUCACAUCUCCCCACCCCAUCCCUCAAAAUGCCUACUGAUGAGAACGAAACUCUUCAAUUUACAGCCGUCAUGCAAAAUCUCCAGGCUGUAUACCCAAAGCAAGUCAUGAGUGAUAUAUCUACAAGUUAUUGUUUUAUCUGUCUUUUGCAUCUCGCUAAUGAGAAGGGGCUUGUCAUUGAGAAGAAAGAAGGUUUGAUGGAAUUGGAUAUUAGGAAGGAUCCAACUGCGGAAAUUACAGUUGGGUAA